CAAGCCUUCCAUCACUCACGGAUCUUUACAACCGCCCCGCUCUCUCGAUCUUCUCUUCUGUUGCAUCCUCUACCCCUCUCAUCGGCAUCUUCCAAAGCCCAAUUAAAAUCUCUCUCUCUCUCCGGCUCCGCAGCCACCUUUCCCCUCUCCUGGUCGGAUCGAAAUCCAUGGCCGCCAAGACCGCGGUCGCCGCUGCAGGGGGCAAGCCGAAGGAGGAGGAGCUGUCGUCGUCGGCGGCGGCCAUGGCGGACGUGUACAACCACGAGCUCACGCCGCUGCAGAAGCACGUCGCCUUCUUCGACCGGAACAAGGACGGCGUCAUCUACCCCGCAGAGACCUACCAAGGGUUCCGCGCGAUCGGCUGCGGGGUGGCGCUCUCCGCAUUCAGCGCCGUCUUCAUCAACGGCCUGCUAGGGCCCAAGACGGUACCGGAGAACAUGAAGGCUCCAGCUUUCAAGUUCCCCAUCUACGUAAAGCAUAUCCACAAGGGCAAGCAUGGGAGUGAUUCGGGCGUGUACGAUGCCCAAGGAAGGUUUGUUCCUGAAAAGUUUGAGGAGAUAUUCAAGAAGCAUGCCCACACCAGGCCUGAUGCCCUCACAGGCAAAGAGCUGAAUGAGUUGCUUCAAGCAAACAGGGAGCCCAACGACAUGAAAGGGCGAGUGGGUGGCUUCACAGAGUGGAAAGUUCUCUACUCACUGUGCAAAGACAAGGAGGGUUUUCUUCACAAGGAGACUGUCAGGGCAGUCUACGACGGCAGCCUCUUUGAGAGGUUGGAAAAGGAGAGGAAGGAAGCUAAGGAAUUUGCCAAGAAGAAAUGAUGAAAACUCACCUGAUAGCCUUUAAUUUGUGGUUGUGUCCAAGUAUUUGUAAUUAUGGUGUGCUCGUGAGUCUGGUUUCCAAAAUUAAUGAUGUAUCUUAAUUUCAUUUGUUUCAUGUUUAUGGAUUGAGGUUGAAAAGCUGAUUCUGAAGAUAUUAAUUGCAAA